CUGGGGAAAGAAGGUUGGGAAACUUGACAUUGUCGUAAGACUCCCCCCAGCAAAGAAUAAAAAGGGGAAAAAAAUAAUAGACAAGGAAGAGGAGGGAGGAAAACUUGAUUACGGUGGGAAACUUGAUGGAUUUCUGCCCUGCCGACAGCAGCGCGGUGUGAGCAGCCCCUUGCCGGCUGGAUGGAUGAUGGGAAUCUCACCAUGAGGCAGAUAGCUGAUCAGCUUCCCUGGAUUUCGCUGACGCCACAGGAAAGCUUUGCCUGAAGAUGGAAACACUGGAGUCAGAACUGACCUGCCCUAUCUGUCUGGAGCUGUUUGAAGACCCGCUGCUGCUGCCUUGCGCUCACAGCCUCUGCUUCAACUGCGCACACCGCAUCCUGGUCUCCCACUGCGCCACCAACGAGCCAGUAGAGUCUAUCACCGCCUUCCAGUGCCCGACCUGCCGCUAUGUCAUCACCCUCAGCCAGCGCGGUCUAGACGGGCUCAAGCGUAACGUCACCCUGCAGAACAUCAUCGACAGGUUUCAGAAAGCCUCGGUCAGCGGGCCCAACUCCCCCAGCGAGACCCGCCGGGAGCGGGCAUUUGAUAACAACAGCAUGUCGUCCUGCGAGAAGGUCCUCUGCCAGUUCUGCGACCAAGACCCUGCCCAGGAGGCAGUGAAAACCUGUGUUACCUGCGAGGUGUCCUACUGUGAGGAGUGCCUGAAAGCCACUCACCCCAAUAAGAAGCCGUUCACUGGCCACCGUCUCAUUGAGCCCAUCCCGGACUCCCACAUCAGGGGAUUAAUGUGCUUGGAGCAUGAGGAUGAGAAAGUUAACAUGUACUGCGUGACUGAUGACCAGUUAAUUUGUGCCUUGUGUAAACUGGUCGGGCGACACCGUGACCAUCAGGUGGCAGCUUUAAGUGACCGUUAUGACAAGCUAAAGGUCAGUGCUACCUAUCAGCUUUCCUAG